CUCUCACGGACGGUCUCCCGGGUUUAACCCCGAUUCCGUUCUGAUAUAAUAAGUCUACUAGAGGGAUUUCAUUGUUGUGUUCCUUGCACCAUCAGACCUAUCAUUGCUGGCUAGUUCAUCUUGCUUUUGAACUUCCUAGUCCGACAACUGUGGUCUCUUUGUUUUGUCUUCUGUUCUCAUCCCACCCGAUCCAUCAGCGCGCCAAAAAUGUCCGCCGCAGCCGCAGUUUUUGCUCCGGGAGCAACCGCCCUCAUCACCGGCGGCGCUUCCGGCGUUGGCCUGGCCAUUGCUAAGCUGUGCCGCAGCAAGGGUAUGAAGCUGCUGCUUGUAGAUCGCAACGCCGAGGCCCUGGAGAAGGCCAAGGCUGAAGUCGGCUCAUCAUCGUCAGAUGUAGCCACUUCGGUGCUUGAUGUCAGCAAGCCCGAUGAAUGGACUUCGCUUAGGGAGCAGGCCGCAAAGACUUUUGGCUCGAUUGAGCUUCUCGUUUUGAAUGCUGGCAUUGGUGCUAGGGGGACCUGGGGAGAUGCUGACUACUUUAGAAAUAUCCUCGAGACGAACCUUUUUGGGGUGAUCCAUGGAAUCAACACUUUCCUCCCGGUAGUUCAAGAGGCGGCGAAAAGCCGGCCCACCUCCGUUGUCAUCACCGGCAGCAAGCAAGGCAUCACAAAUCCCCCAGGAAAUCCUGCCUACAAUGCCUCAAAAUCUGCCGUCAAGACCCUUGCCGAGCAUCUUAGCUGGGACCUUCGAGACACCAAGACCAGUGUCCACCUUCUUGUCCCGGGCUGGACGUUUACUAGCAUGACUGGGGGAGGUCAGACCAAGGAGAAGCCGGCGGGCGCGUGGGCACCAGAACAGGUAGCCGAUUACUUAUACAAGAAGAUGGAGCAAGACAAAUUUUAUGUCAUCUGCCCUGACAAUGAGACCGCAGAGGAGACGGACAAGAAGAGGAUGCUGUGGAGCGUGGGAGACAUCAUUAAAGAACGGCCGCCGCUUACGCGCUGGCGACCAGAGUGGAAGGAGGAAGCAACAGAGACCAUUGCGAAGACUCAGAUCUGAAUGGCGUUUUGUCCGCCAUGGCUCUUGGCGAAGUGGAAAUGAUAAGGUCGGUUAACCAAAAUAGACAGAUGACUCAACCGCCUGCUUAUUUGGGUCUCUUGUCAUAUUGCUGUUGUUGACGUCGGGUUCAUGUCGGGUUGAUACCGAGGCCGUGAAGCUGGCUAUGUAAGCGGAGUUACACUUGAUAGAAUAGCUUCGUCAAUUAAGGCCAGACUAUUCAUCGUCGCAUCUAGCCACCAUAGAAGUGUAACGUAUUACCAGCCUGAUUUAAAUUAAUCGGCG